CUUGCCCAGGCCCGACUGAACGCACACGUAGAGUGCGACGACUUUGUGCACCCAUCGUCUCUUCGUUGUUCACAUGCCCAGUGGGAAUGUGGUGAGCAGUGUCUCUCUGCUUUUUUAAAUUGUCGCUCGGACGUGUAAUAAACAAAAAAAGGAUAUAUUACGGUUUACUAUUGAAGUGCAAACAGUGCAUUUGGACGCUUCAAUUUUGGUAUACAGUUUGAAAACAUUCAUUAAGAUUUCUGACUAACUUUCAGUUAGUGGAAACGGCUUGUUUACUGUUUACUGUGUACUUUAUUCUCCAGUGUGGUAUAUGUGUAAGGCUAUUGGAGGGUGGUGGAGUACGGUUCGGAGAUUUUUUGGUGGACUUUGUUGAUAUUUCAGGUCAACCUUUCUGUAUGUUUUCUUGAGGCUUUGGCGCUUCACAAUACAAUUGCAGCUCACUGCCUCAUAACACCGACCGUGUGACGACAGGGAAAUAGCCACUGGUCUUUCCAAGCCAUCACAGACAAGGAAAUUAAUUGCUUGACCCUUUGUACAUUCGCAACGGAUUAAUACCUUCGACGGGUCUACGCCGAGAGCGAGGGAACUUGGAAAACGCCCUCCACCGAUGCUUGCUACGUCUCUCCAUGAUUCUGUGUUCAGAGUUCCUUCAUGAGAAAAGAGCUAUAACAUCUUUGUAUGUGAAUUUGUAGGGAUUGUUAUUGGGUUUUUUAAAAUAUUGAUAAAACAACUGAAGCAACGUUCCUAUGAUAAUAAUAUAAUAUCUUUGGUUGUCAAAGUGUUAACUCUCGUUUGGGUCCUGUCUUGCCUUCAUAGGGAUACAGAUCUUUAUCUGAUUUUUGACACCAACAUCAGCAACUGCAACGCAUCCUCGAAGUAAUUGUGUUUCUCUCGAAAGAGAACAUGUUGAUAUUACAUGUAUAUUUGUCUUUCUGUUUUGCUUUUUAACGAAAAAUAAUAAUUUCUUGAUGGUUUUCCGGGGAGUGUAAAUUCAAAACAGAAGUUUUAAAAAAACCCUUUGUGGAAUUUCUAAUUCCAUCCUUUGCUUGGAAUAAUUUUGCGGAUUAUCUCGCUGACAGAUAUUUUCUUGUUGGAUUGAGAGGGCUUAUUUCAUCUGACCUGGGCUGUGUUUGGAGGUCAGUCUCGUCUUCAGCUGAUCGUGGGAGUUCGUGACCAAAGUGAGGUUUUAUCUGUUUGGCUAAGGAAGGAGUUGGUGAUUUUUUUCUGAGGAAGUCGUAGUUUUCACGUCCAUCGCAUGAACUCUCAACUUCACACCAUGGAACCUAUAACAACGGCGAUGUGGUGUGAGGCGAGCAGUGGACAGGGGUCAGCAUGGACAAGGUGUAUCUGGCUUAUCGUGAGUCGCUGUUGAACGCCGCACCGCGAAUGAUGGAGGAGCUUGGCAUGGACGGAGGAGAGGACUUCCUGGGUAUGGGGGUCUUCCGGAAGGAGGUGGACCUCUCUAACGAGGAGAAACAAUACCUGCUGUCGGUGGAGCGCGGCGACGUGCCGUCCACGAGGCAGUAUCUGGGCGUGGCCAAACAGACGGGCAUCAAUGUGAACUGCCUUGAUCCUCUGGGCAGGACCGCCCUGCUUAUCGCUAUAGAGAAUGAGAACAUUGAGAUGAUCGAGUUGCUCCUGUCUCACGGCGUGGAGGUCGGGGACGCGCUGCUGCACGCCAUCAACGAGGAGAACGUGGAGGCGGUGGAGAUGCUUCUUAAUCACGAGUUGGCUACCAAAGGAGAGCAACAGCACGGGUAGCCAGGAAGACUCCCUCCGACACUCCCGCUCCCGCAUCAACGCCUACAAAGCGCUGGCCAGCCCCUCCCUCAUCUGCCUCUCCAGCAAGGACCCCAUCCUGACCGCCUUUGAACUCAGCUGUGAGCUCAAGCAGCUCAGCCGACUGGAGAACGAGUUCAAGGCUGACUACGAGCGUUCGUGGCACACCCAAACUGCCAGCAGGUCCUAGCCUCACUCUGGUACGAGGGUCUGCCUGGUUUCCGGCGCCGGUCAAUGAUGGCCAAACUGACCAUCAUGGGGGUCAUCGGCAUCAUGUUCCCCAUCCUGUCCCUGGUCUACCUCAUGGCGCCAAAAAGCAGCGUGGGACAACUGGUCACGAAGCCCUUCAUCAAAUUCAUCGUUCACUGCUCCUCCUACCUGGUGUUUCUCUUUCUCCUGAUUAUGGUGUCCCAGCGAGUGGAGGUCAUCAACAUCUACGGGAACAAGAACAAUGUGGACAAGAAUGGCGCCAAACUGGAGCUCCGCGGCUCCUCUGCCUCCCUGGUGGAGUGUAUCAUACUAGCCUACGUAGCCGGUCUAAUGUGGAGCGAGAUCAAGCAGCUUUGGGACGAGGGGGCGAUCGAGUACAUUCAUGACAUGUGGAACAUUCUAGACUUCCUCACAAAUUCUCUUUAUAUAGCAACGUUCACGCUUCGCCUUCUAGCUUACUUGCAGGCAGAAUGUUAAUGGAUAUAGUCAAGUUUGGCUGUGUCUACAUGCUUGUCUUGGUGUCUUUUGCCUCGGGUUUGAACCACCUCUAUUGGUACUACUCCAAUAAACACGCUUCUGACUGCGCCGCGAACAUACAAUCCUCUUGUGAUCGGAAAUACAGAAGCUUUGCCAACCUAUUUGAGAUCCUCCAGUCCCUGUAUUGGGCCAUGUAUGGCCUGGUGGAUCUAGACAACGCCGAGCUCACCCCGAGGUUCAAACACGAGUUCACGGAGUUUGUGGGCAAGCUCAUGUUUGGCGUGUACAGCUGGAUCGCCUUCAUCGUUCUGCUCAACAUGCUCAUCGCCAUGAUGUCCAACUCCUACCAGCUCAUCUAUGCUGUGAUGAGAGACCUGAUCAAACGCUACAUCAUGCAGAAACAGCGCGGCUCCCAGAAGGGCGAAGGGGUUAGCGAGGACGACAUAAAUGAACUCAAACAGGACGUAUCUUCCUUCCGCUUUGAGUUAUUGGAGAUACUGCGCAACAACGGCAUGAAGACGCCUAACCCCAACCAGCCUAAGCCCACAAACCGCCGCCUAUCCCGCAAGAGGAGUCACGUGAGCCUUGACCGCCUGCGUCGUUCAAUGUCCCUGGAGACUUGCAAAGUGGAGAAUUCGGGUGGGCGGAGCUUCGACAUGUUACCUGACAGACAGACAAACAGUCUAAAAGGGCGGAGCUACAAUAUGCCUGAAACGAUCCCGGAAGAGGAGAUAGAACGCAUCAGACGCGAGUCCCUGGUCCCCAGGGUCGGGCUUCUGGUGGCGGGAAGCGGGCGCAGGGAGUCGUCGGCCAAGCCGGUAUCGUCUUCGUCGGAGUCCAGCGUGAAAUUCACGCCUCCUCGCGACCUGCCUCCUUGUGAGGGGGGCGAUCCUUCCUCGUCAGCCUCGAGUGGGGGGAAGAGUUGUUACGAUCCCCUUAGCCCGGUUACCUCGACCUCCGCCAACGCCAUGACGCAAGCCGGUAAAUGCAUCACCGUGGCAACGGUUGUCAACGGCAACUCAAGCUCUGUCGUCUGCGCUGACGACAUUAUGCCGGACGAGGAAGCGAGCGGGGGUCGGAGAGACGAGGGUUUGGGAGAGUCGUUCGACAGGAACUCCGAGAUGAGUGACUCGAACAGUCGGACCGGGAUCUUAGCUGGUGGGAGCCUGAUCGAACUGCAAACACUCCGCUCAGCCAGUCCUAGCUCGCCGCUCAAGUCGGGCCAGAAACCCACCACAAUCACAACCAGUGUCUUAACGUCAACCCCGCCCAAACACUCGCACCAGCACCAGCACGCACACCACACACGACGAGGAGGCAAUAACAACAGCACUAGUAAUAGCAGCGGCAGUGGCGGCCAUCCUCCUCCUCAUCAUCAUCAUCAUCAUCAUCGCAGCGAAAGUCCCGUGGCUGACGAUGAAGACGAAGACAACGACAGCGUUGGUAUGUCUUUCACGGCACGCUCGCUCUCAGACGAUGAUAAUGUAGGUGGGGUGGACCCUCUUUCCUUCCUCUCGGAGGCACAGGCGAAGAGAGUGACUUUCAUGUGACAACCACCAACUCAGAACAUUCUCGGAUGUACCAGCGACUUUCUGUUUUCUGACAUGGGAGUGCUCAAAUUACUCAAAGGCAAGACUGACUUCAUCCAUGUUUUGAUAAUUUACAGCUGACCCCUAGCCUCCCCCCCCCCCUCGCCCCGAAACCUAGCAUUGACAACACACUCUAUGGAACAUCACAGUAACUCAAGAAAACCUGCUCUAAUUACUUCAUGAUAUUGGACAAAAGGACGAGAGCCCAGCUGUUGCUGGAUCAAUUACAACAACAGCACCAGUAGCAGCAACAACAACUACAACUACAACAACAACAACAACAACAACAACAACAACAACAACAAUAAGAGUCUGGGUGGUUUCUUUGUCUCGUGGAUACUCAGCAAUCUCUUUGUCUACUCGAUAAUGCCGACUCUUGCGUUCUUUGAGAUGAUUUUGUUUGGGUUUUUUAAACUGUUUUGUGCUUGACCGACACAAUUUAGAUGACCGGCUGCUUCGACCUUGUUUGACAGCGUCAUCAUCAUCGUCGCAGUGAGUCCUGUGGCCGACGAUAAAGACGUACUUACCGACAGCGUCUGUAUGUCUUUCUCGGAACGAUACUUCCUUUCUCUCGGAGACAGUCUACAAUAGUGACUUUAUCGUAACUAUCGAGAGGAGGAAACCAGCAACUCACAAAAUACAUUCUCGAACUUAGAACGAGCUCUCAUCGAUCGAAAGGCCCAAAUUCUCAUAAUCAGAUCGGAACCCUUCGGUCCGGUAACGGUGCUGGUACACUAUACAAACAGGCCUCUGCUUUGUUUCUUCAAAUCUUGAACUGAAAGUCUAUUAUUAGGGCCCACUUAUCGCAUUUCAUGAGAAAUCAAAAGGUGUGACCCCUGCAUUGUCAUGAGACACGCAAUAUUCGUAGCCUUCUGGUUGUCCGCUGAUCCCCAAAUUUCUAUUAAUUGGAUCCCAUCGCGACGAGAAAAUCAAACAUGUUUGAUGCUGGAAGAUUUGAUGAAUUUGUGCCUAAAUGGUUGCUUUUGCCCCUCCAUGAUGGAUAGUCGUUCCGCCCUGAAAUAUAACAAACCAUAACAAAAAGGGAUUUGAAGAAACUGUACAGUGGGCUCUGGGCCUCAGCACAAACACCACGUCAGCGAAAUGGACAGGCCUUCCAGUUACGGCAGACACUUGUUCUACUAGUGAUAAAAUUGCCCAGAGAAAGUUUGCGAACAUUCUUUUGAUAAUUGGGCGGAUGAAGAUUUGUCAUUAUUAUCAUUACUAUCACCAGAGUGAUUGUUACAAGUAGUUGCAUUGUUUAGAGUAUGCCUAUUAUUAUUAUUAUUAUUAUUAUUACUCUUACUAUCUUUGCAAUUAUUGUUAUUUUUAUUU